ACGAAACUGUGCGCAUCGUCAUCGCCGUUUGUGAUGUCGGUCGUUGGUCGUUAGAUUUGUGAAUGCAUUUUUGCUAAACUCCUGGAAAGUGAAUCUCGGUUUUUGUAUCGUAUUUAACGUUUAUGUUAUGUGAUUACUUUUUGUGUCGUCUUCUGAACAAAAUAUCAGCUAAACGUUGAAAACCUCGUCAUCGUAAGGAAUACAAAAUGGCCAAUCCAGAAAUCCCUCGGACUCGCCCAGUUCUCGCAGAAAUCCCGGCGCGGACGGGCAUGCCGCUUACACAACGGGUUUUAACUCCUCUGGGGCCAGUCAAUCGGCGUCACGCUCUGAACCCGGUUCUCAUCGACAGUCCUGCCGCCAACAUACCGGAUAGUUAUCUGUCUCCUCGAAUGUCACCGGAUGAGGCCGUCAUUCAACAGCGAGGCCGCCGUCGGGUUCCCAUUAUUUGGAGUCCAGAGAAGGGGUUCCAUAUGUCGCCUCAAAAGACGCCGACCAAAUGCAUCUCAGCUAUGACGUUAAGAAGUUCCCCGAGGAAGCGUUCUCUGCUGCAGGAGUUGUCCGAUAUGACUCCAACAACUUCUUCGGAGGGUAUAAACAAUAUAACACCAUCGACCAGUAAACGGAACACCCCAUCCAAGGGUUCACCGAAUGGUGCAAGCAGUAAGAAAAUGCGCCUCGAAGUAGGUUCCAUCAAUCGGAACAAUAAAGACAUUCCCUUGGACCUAGCUCUAAAAGGUCUCAGCCAGGACCAGUUGAUCGCAAUCAUUACCGGAAUGGUCCAGACAAACCCGAAGUUGGAAGAAUCGGUCCGGAACGAACUUCCAAUGCCGGAUAUUGCUCCGAUGGAAGAACAGCUAUGCUAUCAGAAAAAGAAUAUUUUCAAAAGUCUGCCUACAACCCGGCUGGUUAGCAAGACCGAUAGUCCAGCUUACGCCAGAGCCGCCACACAUUUGGUGGCGUUCAAGAAGACUGUAAUCGACCAAAGCCAAACGCUGCACAGCUCCAAGCACUGGGACGCGCUGCUGGAUUACGUGCUGAUGGCCUGGGGCUACGUCCGGGGCACCCCACAGUGGGACAAUCAUGCACACAACGCCACCCGGAGACAUUGCUUUAAGAUCCUGUCCUACCAUGCGACCAGCGCACUUAAGCACGGGCUGAUGGCGCUUGGGGAGGAACGAAUAGGCCGUUUCCAGCAGAAGCUGAAGGCGAUGGCCGCCGACUGUGAGGAUAUCAACGAUUGUGCCGUUUACCUGAGCUACUUAGCUGAUAAGCUGUGAUGAAAUGCAGCUUUUUCGAGCUUUUUUUUUUAAUUUUAAUAUUGACUACAGUUUCGUAAAUCAGAGCAUAGUUUCAGUAGCUAAGAAAAAAAAACGUUUAUUUUUUCUACUUACCUUUUUUAUCAUGUUUCCAUUAUUUUCUGUAUACAGUUCAAUAUGUCAGAUUCAGCAUUGUAUUGAGUUUCAUGUUAUCAACAAUUUUAAUCUUAGUGUAAUUCAGUUACACGUUUUGUAGCGAACGAUAACAGCAUGUUAGAAAUGUAGUUUGAAAUGCCAUUUAUAAAGAUGUUUAAUAAAGAUACUUACCUCAACAAUCAA